GAAACCUAUUCCUCGGGGUAGGGGUUAACUUAUUCAGGAAACAUCACGUGACUACCUGGGUAAAUAUGGCGGUCAAUGUAAAACGAAAAACUGCCCGAACGGUUAGGGUAAAGAUUGAGGGAAAAAAUGACAGAAAAUUUAAACAAAAAUAUAAUUAUUGCUACUGCUAUAGUUAUGGGGACACAACUUCUAAAAAAUUGUGAAUAUUCAGACACGUCUUCAUCAGAUAGUGAAAUUGAAGAAUUAUUAUUAUUAAAGAAGUUUGCUAAAAGAAAGAAGAUACAGCGUAUUGAGAGAUAUAUUGAGAAAGUUGUAUCAAAUUAUACAAAUCGUCAAUUCCAAUCUCACUUUCGAAUUACACGUACUGCAUUUGAAGUUUUAUUGACAAUUCUUGGUCCAAACUUGGAAAAUUUGGACACUGGAAGGCCAACAACGUCAGUAGAGAAGCAAUUACUUUCAGUAAUUUGGCUCUUAGCAACUCCUGAUUCUUAUCGGUCUGUUGGGGAAAGAUUUGACAUUAGCAAAUCCACCUUGUUUGCUUGCUUUGAGCGUGUAAUUAGUGCUUUAAAUAGUGUAUCUUCUCAAGUUAUUUGUUGGCCAAUGCAAGAAGAGCUUGAAACAAUAAAAGAAAAAUUUAAAGCAAUGGCUGGUAUUGAUGGUGUUGUUGCAGCAAUUGAUGGAACGUAUGUGCCAAUAAAAGCACCAUUGAAAAAUCCAGACGUUUAUAUUACGCGUAAAUGUCAAUAUGCCAUAACAUUACAAGCAAUGUGUGAUUGUGACAUGAAAUUUGUUGAUUGUUUUGUAGGUUAUCCCGGUUCUGUUCAUGACGCUCGAAUUUUUCGAAAUUCCGAUAUAUAUCACUUAAUAUGUGAAAAUGUUAAAAAAUAUUUUCCCAGGAAUGAGUUUAUUUUAGCAGAUAAAGCUUAUCCGGUUUCAAAUUGGUGUAUUCCUCCAUACAUUGAUCGAGGAAAUUUAACGAGAGCGCAACGUCAUUUCAAUGAGUCAGUGUCGAAAACUAGACAAACAAUUGAAAGAGCAUUUGCUUUAUUGUUUGGAAGAUUUCGACGAUUAAAGUAUCUUGACAUGAACAGAAUUGAUAUGAUACCUGCAACAGUUAUAGCUUGCUGUGUAUUGCAUAAUAUAUGUAUAGAUAGUGGUGAUGAUUUUUUGAAUAAAUAUAUAAAUGAAGGAAUGAAUGAUGUGCAAAAUGAAAGAGAAGAAAUUACAGAAAUUGAAGAUAGAGAAAUCGGUAACAGUCGACGCGAUGCUCUAUGUAGAGAAUUGUAUCGAAAUCUCGAGUAAUAUUAUGUAUAUAUGUAUAUGUAUGUAUAUAUGCAGAUUUGGGCAGUGUUUAAUAAAAUUUAAUAAAACAU